AUGAAUACCGACCCGCGAGACCCCACGCGCCCCGCGUCCCCUCCCCUACCAUCUCCCCGCGCAGCUCAGGCAGACGGCCUACGACCGCGCUCUUUCCCUUCUAGCGCGACUCUCCGCGUCCACAUCCAGACGCCGUUCGCCGACCAAGGACAGCACCACAACCACGCAUGGGACGUGCCGCGGUCCAUGACUGUCGCCGAGGCCAAGGAUGCCAUUGCGUCUGGGCUGGCGGGGUAUGGGCGUUGGGAGCGGGAUGGUCUGCGUCUAGUGUGGCGGGGACGGAUCUUGCGCGACCAAGACGCGCUCGAUACUGUGCUGACUGAUGCUGCGCCGACGCUGCACCUCGUCGCGCGCCCUAUUGUCCGCCGACCUACUCACAUCACCCUCCCUCCUCCGACCCAGGCAACCCCAACGGAGACGAAGACAUCUUUGCCAACACGAUCGUCGCCGGACACGGCUGCGCUGGCCGACUGCGUCCACUAUCUUCUCUUCGCGACGCGGGAGCACCUCUGCGCCCUUAUUGGAGCGGAGGCACUCGAAUGGGCCAAGACGUACCCGGCCCCCACCGUGUCGCGUGAUACGGCCAAGAUGGCCGUCGUCUCCGUCAUUCGGCCGUAUGCCGAGUCGGGCAGCUGGGUCGGUUGGGAGGCAGCGUUCGCCGCCGACGCGAGCGACUGGCCCGCCCUCGAGAACAUGUGGAAGGCGCUUGGUCGGGACACUGUGACUGCUGAAAUCCACACCCUCUGGAAGACGGGUACGGGCCGCGAGUUCGCCUCAGCCGGCGAGACAGCCGACGUCGAGCUCGACCGCACGAUCUACUCACUCCACCUUCCCCCGCUCGCCGACAUGGUGCCAAUCCAACUCAUCCAGCUCCUGCAGUAUCUGCGGGUCACCACGCUCCUUUCUCCCCUUUCCGCCGCUCUUUCAACCACACAAUCGCCAGAGCCUGUCUCUAUUCCGACACCGACAAUCACGACAACUCCACCUCGGGGAUUUUCCCUUACGGUGCGCCACACACAGCGAAGGGUGAUGCUGCGCGUGCGCUUCUCGUUCGCCCUAAUGCAGCACCAGUUCUGGUCGGCGGCACGCCUAGCUACAAUCAUCUGGAUGCUCACCAGGGGCAUGGGAUGGUCAGACCAGAGACUGUGGCUCCUCGCCGGCGCAGCGUUCGGAUGGUGGUGCGUCGACGGCUAUAACCAGUGGUCCGCCGAGACGCGUGAAGCGCGCGUUCGCGAGCGCCGCGCCCAGCGCCGCGCAGACGCUCAAGCGCGUCUCGCCGACCCCGAGGCCAACCGCGCGCAUCUGGAGGCUGUGGCGCGGGGCGAGGCGCGCGAUGAGCGCCCAGAGGAGAACCCUCUCGACCCAGCGAUCAUGGCCACUGAAACGGCCGAAACGGACGACGCGCGUGGCACUAGCGUGCAGCCACUUCACGCAGCCCUACCUCUCCUCCAUCUUGACGCGGACGCCAUCCAGCUCCGUCUCCCUGAGAAUGAAAGCGGCAAUACCCUCCGCAGGACCCCCGACGCCAACCCCAGUGUCCUGGUCACACACGUCCUCCUACCUGUGUAUUUGUGGUUCCUAACCCUCGUGCCGGCAUUUGAGGCUCGGCGUGCGCGAGAAAUCCGCGCUCGCGAGCGUACCAUGCGUUCAGUCGUUGCGGAGAUGAACGUCGUCGGAGACGAACCGGACGGGGAGUCACGCCCCCUCAUGCUCCCAGACGGCAUCUCGCGCCACGCGCGCAAGUAUUAUGCCCGCGUGGCGGAGCGGACUGAGGGUAUUGACUGGGAUGAGGAGCGCGAGGCACAGCGCGCUAUGGGUGUCCAGGAUGAGGAGGCGCAGCCUGGUGUCGCGCUGUUGUAG